UAUCUAUCUACCUUGAAGAUCCUUUUAUGAAAAAAGCUGCUCUUAAUUAACUCUCAAGUCACAGUCAUGAGUGAGGUUGAGGAAGUUGAUGAAAGAGUGAGUCUUGAUCUUCUUAAGCACAAAAUGGCUAAGUUUGCCAAGGAAAGGGACUGGGAUCACUUUCACACCCCUAGAAAUCUCCUUUUGGCCCUGGUUGGUGAAGUGGGAGAAGUGUCGGAGAUAUUUCAAUGGAAAGGGGAGGUCCCAAAAGGAUUGCCUGAUUGGAAAGAAGAAGAAAAAAUACAUCUAGGCGAAGAGUUGUCCGAUGUUCUACUCUACCUAAUCAGGCUGGCUGAUAUUUGUGGCAUUGAUCUUGGGAAAGCUGCUCUGCGCAAACUCCAACUUAAUGCUAUCAAGUAUCCGGCUCCCAACAAAUACACCCAACACCCUUAAUAUAAUAAUAAUGUACUGAAAUGGGUGAAAAGUUUUUUACAUGACGACUCUCGGCGGAACUUCAUUCGAUGCUGGGUUGCAGCCUGCUACAUGUACUCUUGUUAAGCCCAUUGUAGUUUCUUAUUUUUGUUUGCGCCUUUCUUAGGCCCAUCCCUGUCUCGAAACUUUUACUUAAUGGAUUUGGCAUGUUGGAUAAGUUCUAUAAAAA